AUGACUGAUAAAAAAGAAACUGUGCCACAGCCAACCCUAAGUUCCAGCCUUAAAAAUGCAACAGUUACUGUUAAUGCAACUAACAUUCCCGCAAAUAUUAGUUCGACAACAACAGCUACUACUACGACAACAGUUGUUGGAGAUGGUGGGACUUAUAGACACCUCAGCAAGUGUUGGUCUCACUCGUCCUCUUCUUCAUCGCCAUCAUCAUCACAUAGAAGAAAGAAAAAUAGAGAAGAUUUGGAAAGUGGUGGCGUCCGAUACUUACUAGACAAGGAACUAUUCUCUUAUAGCUCUGGAAUCAUUCCACCAUCCUACCAGUACCAACCCCACCAUAUGUACCAGAAGCAGCAAUCAUCAUCUUCGUCGAUUCUAGGUUCUUCUUCAUCAUCAGAUCAUCACCACAAUGUGACAGAUGCUGAUUUUGUUGACGGCAAAGCCAGUAGCCACCUACACGGGAAAAAACAUGGUCGAACGUCUUCUCAUCAACAAUCCCAUCAUCUUAGUGGUAAGGUUCAAUCUGUUAUGACUGGAGAUACGAGCAGUAACCUCGCUACAGGAAACGAAUAUAGGGACAACCCAGUACCAACUAGCGAUGUCCAAGAGGCUAUCCGAAACUUAUUGACAUCUGUCGAUACUGUUUCCUCAGCUUCUUCGUCUCCUCCACCUUCUUCUCACCACCAACAGCGUCACCAUCAAACGAGUCGGUCUUCCUCGUCGUCUCCUACUCGAUACACUUCCCAUGCCUCUACCACUAGCAGUACGGGUGGUACUCCCAAAGCUAGCCACAAGAAAAUAUUACCACCAUCUCCGAUCGUUGUGGAUUCACCAUCAAGGACACCCAGGAGAAAGCUAGAUGGAGUAACUUCGAUAUGUGGUGGAAAUGAGGGCAGUAUGGGAGCUAAAUCUGCCCCUACCUAUUCCUGCUCUCCUCCUUUAGUCCUACCUCAUGCUUCUUCAUGUCCAUCUCCACCGUCUAUAGGAAGAUACAGUGGGGCCCCUGGAUCAUCAGGAUCUCUUUCUAAGAAAAAAGACGACAUUGUGUUACCUCCAACUCGUUCAACUGCUUCUGCCAGGGCUCGAUCCUGCCAAAAUGCUUCUGCUAUUACCACUGUUGCGUCUUCUAUAACCGGUAGUGUGACUACUACUUCCUCUUCUCGGCCUGGGCUUGACUCUGUAAAAAAAACAUAUAGUCCACUUAAUAUACAGACAACCGGUGGUAUUAGUAAAUCUAGUAGUCGAUCUGCUUCUAAAGACAAAAGUAGAGAUAGCUCUGUCGAUAGUGAUUCCGGAAGUGUUCCUAACUUUUAUAAAACAAGCCAAAAACUUGCAGAGAUCAGCGAUGCCCGGCCAAAAUAUAAAGCAUCUAGUGGCAAUAAUUGCAGGAUGGCCAGUGACAGUUAUUUAAGCGGCGGUAAUAAAAGUAGUAGUAUUGGUAACACUAGUAGCAGUAAUAACAAGAAAUCUGGUCAUCAUAGCCACAGUCAGGGUAUCCACAGUGGCGGGGGUGGUGGUGUUAAUAGCCACAAAAAUAGUAACUACAACAGAGGUUACCGGAGUCUAGAGAAAGAAAACACAUGUAACUACGGGGGUUACGUUACUGGCUACAGCAACACGAUCGGCAGUUGUGGACUUGGUGUAGAUCAGAGAACGAGUCACGAUAAAGAUAAAACUGACCACAAUUAUCAUCACCACCAACAACAGCACCAGUCGGCAGAGGGAAAAUCAACUCGUUCCUCCAAAGAUCAUGUUUACUAUACAGCUGACCGCCCGAGCCGCAGAAAUAUGCCGACGACCGGUGGAAGCAGCCACCGGGCUAGUAGUGUGCCUGCACGCCGUUCAAUGUCCGUGAGCGAAUUUGCAGGAACCUCUGUUGAUCCUGAUCCGGGAAAUGGACAAUCCGACGGCGAGAACUUAGAAAAAGUCAAGUCCAAAUUAAUGUCUAUGUGGAAUAAUGUUAAAUAUGGUUGGACCCUUAACAGAAAGACCAGUUUUAGAUAUGACAGCCCAAUCUUUUUGCUGGGAGAACACUACCAUCGUCGACAUGAUGAUGAGAUGGAUGGUAAAAACAAAGAAGAUAGUCGAAACUGUGUGAAUAACAUGGAGUUGUUUAAGUUAGAUUUUGCCAGUCGGUUGUGGUUCACUUAUCGACGGGACUUUGAGCCUCUAAAGGGAACCAAAUUAACCACUGACUGUGGUUGGGGCUGUAUGAUACGGUCUGGUCAAAUGAUGCUUGCCCAGGCUUUCAUUACACAUUUUUUUGGCAGGAGUUGGAGAAUCCAAAACCGAGAUCGGGGUCUUAAUGUCUAUCGACAAAUCAUUAAAUGGUUUGCGGACUACCAGCAGUGUCCAUUCUCUGUCCACCAGCUUGUGGAGAUUGGCAGUACAUUAGGACGUAAGCCUGGAGAGUGGUAUGGUCCAGCUACAGUGGCUACUAUGCUUCGAGAAGCCAUGGAAAGAAGUUAUGAAUAUCAACCAGUCCUUCGAGAACUAUGUGUGUAUGUAGCUUCUGACUGCACAGUUUACUUACAAGAGGUUGCUGACCUGUGCAUGUCGGGGAACAACAACACUCUAGUUAAAAUGCCAAAUGGCAGUGAUGCUGAAGAUGCUAGUGUUGAUGCCAGUGUAGAUAUGCCGAAGAGUGGCACUGCUGGAAGUUGGAAGCGUGCUGUCAUUGUACUGAUUCCUGUGCGUCUAGGAGGGGAGUCACUUAAUUCUGUCUAUAUUCCAUGUCUACAGAAUCUGCUUGCUGAGGAACAUUGCAUUGGGAUCAUUGGUGGCAAACCAAAACAUUCCUUAUAUUUUGUUGGUUGGCAAGAUAAGAAAUUAAUCUACCUCGACCCUCAUUACUGUCAAGAUAAUGUUGAUGUCAUGUCAGGAGAUUUCACUUUCUCAUCAUUCCAUUGCAUAACUCCAAGGAAAUUGCCAUUUGAAGAUAUGGACCCAAGCUGUACAAUAGGAUUUUAUUGUAGGAAUCAAGAAGAAUUUGAGAAGUUUGUAAAUCAAACAAGAGAUCAGAUCACCUUGGAUCUUUUCAAGAAUUUUAAUUGUUACUGCCUGAAGAAAUUAGCUACCAAUCCUAAACAGAAAGGCCUCUACCCAGCAUUUGCAUUUGUGGAUGGUCGUAGCUGUGAUUUACAAAUGGACAAGUUGGAAUUAAAUAAAGAACGGUACCUACGUAUCCGUUAUGUUGACCAAGAUGGUAAACAAAAGUUGCCUGUGAAUGAAAAUGAUGACUUUGUUGUAUUAUGA